AUGGAGGUGAUGAAUGCAUCGACAGUGACUGAAUUUAUUCUGCUGGGGAUCCCUUUUCUGCAUGAAUUACAUGGAGUGUUUUUUGUAAUUGGUUUAUUCAUGUACAUCAUAGCCAUUGUAGGCAAUGGGUUCAUCCUCAUCAUUGUAACCAUUGAGCCAAGACUUCAAACCCCAAUGUACAUUUUCCUGUGCAAUCUUGCAUUUCUGGAAAUCUGCUACACAACAACCGUUGUACCAAAAAUGCUGCAAACACUUUUGCAGAAAAAGACUGCCAUUAGUUUUGCUUGCUGUAUGGCCCAGGGAUUUUUCCACUUCAUCCUGGGUAGCACAGAGCUUUUCAUCCUCACAGCUAUGGCUUUUGACCGCUAUUUGGCCAUAUGCAGGCCACUUCAGUACCCAGUGAUUAUGACAAAGCAUGUUUGCAUUCAGAUGUCUUUUGCCACCUGGUAUGUAGCAUUCAUAAUUAUGUUUCUUCAGUCCAUCAUUGUGUGGAGGCUGCCUUUCUGUGGGUCCAACAUUGUUGACCAUUUCUACUGUGAUAUCGGUCCCAUCUUAAGCCUAGCCUGUACAGAUACCCACUUGAUUGAAUCUCUGGGACUGUUGACCUCCAUCCUGAUUGUCAUCAUGACCUUGAUCCUCACUGCAGUGUCUUACAUCUUCAUCAUCUCCACCAUCCUCCGCAUACCUUCAGCCACAGGGCGUAAGAAGACGUUCUCCACUUGCACGUCUCACCUGAUUGUAGUGUCCAUGUUGUAUGGAGCCCUUGUCUUCAUGUAUGUGAGACCCAAUGUUCAUUCCUCAUCUCGUCUAUCAAGGGUAGUGGCGGUACUGAACACUACCCUCAUUCCAAUGCUGAACCCUUUCAUAUACACAAUCAGGAACACAGAGGUCAAAGAGGCAGUCCGGAGCGCAAUCCACAAGAGAAGAGGAUUUCUCAAGUGCGACUUUUAA